AUGGGGGCGGACCAGAGCACUGGAGGGGGUGGCAAGGGGGUGGCAGGGAGCACCCACCUGAACGUGGAGCAGCUGGAAUGCAUAGUGGUGGCGUUCAAGGAGAAGAGCAAGAACGGCAAGCCCAUAACGUGUAAGGGCUUCAUCAAGGUCAUGAAGAAGGUCACCGCCAAGUAUCCAACCAUGGACUUCAGCCCGGACCGCCUAAGCUUCUUCUUCUCUCUCUUCGACGUAGACCAUGACGGCCGAAUCUCGUUGAAUGAGCUGCUGUCGGGUAUCUCCAUCAUCUCCAAGGGCAGUCUAGAGGAGAAGGCCAAUAAACUCAAGGCCCACUUCAAACGGCUUCUGGCGCUGGCGGAGAAGAUGACUGCCAACAUGCUGGCCAUGGACGUAUCCGAGACGGACAAGCCGACCCUCGCCAUGAAGCUCGAAGUGAAGCUCGAGCUUCGUAAGUUCUGCCAGGCGAACGAACAGACAGCCCUCGACAAGGUGCUGCUGGCCGACACGGACGGGGACGGCCAGCUCUCCAGGAGCGAGUGGCUCGAGGCCGUUCACGCCAACGAGUGGAUCAAGCGCUUUGUGUGCCCACGCAUGUUUGUGCAGAACGCCCAGAGCGACAUGUUCUGA